ACACACAGUCGGGCUGGCUGGCAGAGCCCCGGCUCCUCCUUCCCUCUCCUCAGCUGCCUUUUGUAAUGUUUUAAUGGGGUUUCUUGCCUGGGUUGUGCUGACUUAAUUACAAAGCUGCAGUGAGUUGAUGCCUUGUGACAGUCUAAUCCCAACCCGGUGACUCUACAAAGCUUUCACUCAGCUUUCUUGUGGUCCCACUCCAGCCUCGCCAUCCGUGCAUCCGUCUCAGCCCCGUGCACUGACCCGCUGCGGACAGUUCAGCUUUUCCUCUCCCUGUGUCGUGUGGCCAACGGAGGACAGAGGACAACAUGUCUGCAGUUACCGGCACCUUCCGCAUCGUCUCCGAAGAGGAGCAGGCACUGCGCACCAAACUGGAGCGCCUCACCACCAAGGACCAUGGCCCUGUCUUCGGGAGGUGCGAGAAGAUCCCCCCGCACACCCUGCAGAAGGCAAAGGAUGAGCUGAAUGAGACGGAGGAGCAGAGGGCGGUGGCGGUGAAGGCACUGCGGGAGCUGGUGCAGGAGCGGGCAGGCGGCGAGGAGGUGUGCAAGGCGGUGGCCGACAAGGUGCAGGGGAAGGACGACUCCUUCUUCCUCCGCUUCAUCCGCGCACGCAAGUUCGACGUACACAGGGCCUACGACCUGCUGAAAGGCUAUGUGACCUUCCGCCAGCAGUACCCCGAGCUCUUCGACAACCUGACCCCCGAGGCCGUGCGCAGCACCAUCGAAGCUGGUUACCCUGGCAUCCUGGGCAACAGAGACAAGUACGGCCGGGUGGUGAUGCUCUUCAACAUUGAGAACUGGGAUUAUGAGGAGAUCACCUUCGAUGAGAUCCUUCGUGCCUAUUGUGUUAUCUUGGAGAAGCUGCUGGAAAAUGAAGAGACACAGAUCAAUGGGUUCUGCAUCAUUGAGAACUUCAAGGGUUUCACCAUGCAGCAGGCAUCAGGGAUCAAACCCUCUGAGCUCAAGAAGAUGGUGGACAUGCUGCAGGACUCCUUCCCAGCACGGUUCAAGGCUGUCCACUUCAUCCACCAGCCGUGGUACUUCACCACUACCUACAACGUGGUCAAACCAUUCCUGAAGAGCAAACUGCUGGAGAGGGUCUUUGUGCACGGGGAGGAGCUGGAGUCCUUCUAUCAGGAGAUCGAUGCUGACAUCUUGCCAGCAGACUUUGGUGGCAACUUGCCCAAAUAUGACGGCAAAGAAACUGCAGAGAAGCUCUUUGGGCCCCGCAUUGAGGCUGAAGACACAGCUCUCUAAACCAGGGUCUUCUCCACCUCCCCUGUUUAACAGGAUCAGAGGUGGCCCUCUAACCCCCACCACCUCCUUACCGUAGCUUUGGUUGAAUGACUGCUCGUGAUGAGGCACUCCAGGUGUGUCGCUCCAUGCCUGUCCCUCCCCUCCCCAAACUGGCAGCAGGCUGCCCACAGCCCUGUUCCCCCCGGGGCAAAGCAUCCUUGGCAGAGCAUCCUUCCCUCAGGAUCCAGCAGAGAAAGGCCACCAGCCACGUCCUGCAGCAUGCCCUGGAGCUGUGAUGGGAGGAGAGGAGAGUGUCUGCUCUGGGAAAGGAAAGCUACAGCAAGAGAGAAAUAAAGUGUUUGACAGUGGA